GGCCUGCACUUCGGGAUCCCAAGCGGAAGCCGCGCGGCCGCUGUCUGUGCUUUUAGCUUCGGGUCUUGCGGCAGCGGGAGCCGCCAUCAUGGUGCGGAAGCUUAAGUUCCACGAGCAGAAGCUGCUGAAGCAGGUGGACUUCCUGAACUGGGAGGUCACUGACCACAACCUACACGAGCUGCGCGUGUUGCGGCGUUAUCGGCUGCAGCGGCGGGAGGACUACACGCGCUACAACCAGCUGAGCCGGGCUGUGCGUGAGUUGGCGCGGCGCCUGCGCGACCUACCCGAGCGCGACCCGUUUCGCGUGCGCGCCUCGGCCGCGCUGCUGGACAAGUUGUAUGCUCUCGGCCUGGUGCCCACGCGCGGCUCACUCGAGCUCUGCGACUUCGUCACGGCCUCGUCCUUCUGCCGCCGCCGACUGCCCACCGUGCUCUUGAAGCUGCGCAUGGCGCAGCACCUCCAGGCCGCCGUGGCCUUCGUGGAACAGGGCCACGUGCGCGUGGGCCCCGACGUGGUCACUGACCCCGCCUUCCUUGUCACACGCAGCAUGGAGGACUUUGUCACCUGGGUAGACUCGUCCAAGAUCAAGCGGCACGUGCUGGAGUACAAUGAGGAGCGCGAUGACUUCGAUCUGGAGGCCUAGCCGAUUGUCCCUGCCUUUCGAAGAUGGGAAAGCUGAGACCUGAUGCUUGAGAUUCUGUGAGGGCGCUUGCCCCAAGAGUGUAUCGGCCAAGUCGUUGGUUCUUAAGAACUUUGUCCCUCAGCAGCAGGUCACGCACAGAGCCAAAGGGUACGGCCGUUUUCCAUAAACUUUUCUUGGUCCUUGGACUAUUGAUAAUUACAUUACUGAUUUAAGAGACAAUGGGAAGCGGUUUUGUGCGGCACUGCGGAAUUGUUAGAUUAUGUACCUGAAACAUUGUAGUGCGAAGGAACUUUGAGCCCCUCCCCUCCCCCUAGCUUUCCCUUUAUUAUCUUGUAGCAGGACAGUUUGGUUAAACCUGUUUAAUUCGAGUACUUGCUCUUGUUUUGUGAUUAAGCUAUGUGCAGACGAUGGAGAGUCUGGUCUCAAGUUUUCAUAAAAUGGGUGAGCUUAGUAUUCAGGGACCCACCCGUGCCUAAAGGGAUGCUUUCCUAAUGCCAAUAAAUGGCCCAACUUUUGUAAGAGCAAA